UUUAAGCACUGGGCCAUAGCAGAGAAAAUGCCGAGUAUUAUGAAGGACACUGUAAUAAAUAACUGCUCGAAUCAGCAGGAAUAUGAAAGACCAGGAGCUUUUCUUAAUUCAAAAGUACAAAAUCUUCAUCAAAAGAUUGAUGAUACCAUUCCUGUCAAUGCUGUUCCGAUUAAUGUAACAAGUGUGAAGAAUCCAUAUCUUAUGACAGCUUAUGUAAUAAAGGAAUACGAAAAGACCAUAGAGCAAAUUGUGAGAAAGUUAUGGAAGUUUGUUAAAACUGAAGAGUUUUUGAACAAAGACAAUGAUGUGGAUCUUAACAUCGGUGAUAUGGUUAUUGUGCAUUGUGAAAAUUACAGAAAUAUGAUAGAGUUACCAUCGUUUAUUUGCCGUGGUUUAAUAACAAAUAUUUCAAAAGAAACUGGAGAUUAUUACAUUUUUCUGGUUGAUUAUGGCACUUGUGUCAAAUUAAUCAGAAAUGACUUGUCUGUGGUCUCACAUAAUUUUCUCUCUACAAAACAUUUAACAAAGUAUGUCAGUGUGUACAAUAUCUUGCCGCUUUGUCAAAAAAGUAACAGUUCAAGCACAACAAUUCUAGAAGAAUGGAGUAAGGAGGCAAUUCAAUAUACAAAAGAUCUUUUUGCGGCAUCUAAAAUCAUAUAUUUUGAUUAUGUAAUGACUGCGGAAAAAAGUGGAAUAGAAUAUGGAGAAUUUUAUUUAAUCAUUGAGGACAUGACCAUACAUCUAAGUAAUAUCUUAGAGAUCAAACAUCAUGCGAUUUGUUCAGAGAAAGUGCAAAAACUUGUUAAAUCUUUGAAUUACAAACAAGAAAAUAAAACAGAGCCUGUUGUGCAUGUGAACAUUUCAAAUAGAACAAACAAUAAAAUAAAAUUUUUCAAUUCUUUGAAGAACUCUAUGAGAAACAAACAUAUUUUUCACAGUGACAAAAUUCUGAUAAAGAGCCACAUAUACUGUGGAGUAUUUACUGAUGUUAGUCAUCUUGGAUAUCCCCAUGAAAUAUAUGAGGGUUGGAAAGAAUUCUUUAAAUCUACGAGACCAAUGAAGUUACAAAAACAUAUGUGGCCAGCUAUAAAUAAAAGAUUGAACGUUGUCGCUGUCGGGCCACCGCAAUGUGGCAAAACUAGCGGUUGUGCAAUGGCUGCGUGUGGCUUAGCCACUUUGUACAAACAUCAAUCACAUAAACCAACUGAACCGUUGAUACUAUUCUUAUGUUCUUCAUCCUCUGAUGUAAUAGAUGUUCAGUCGAUAUGCACAUCACUUUUAGAGAACAUUGAUGGUGUUAAAUCUGUAGCAGCACUUAACAGAAGAACAUAUAGAUCAGUAGCGGCGACGAUAUAUAGCGGCUGUCAGAUUUUAAUUACUACACCGCGAUAUCUAGUUCGCUUCCUGAAUACGGCCAAAGGUGUGUUAUCAUUUAACAAACUUACAUGUUUAAUUUUGGAUAAUGCUGACAUCAUUUUGCGAAAAUAUUAUGAUUCAAUGGCAGAAUUGUUCAAAAAACACAACAUAAUCAAAAACCGCGAAGUACAAGGAGACAACGCACCGAUAUUACAAAUAAUUUUAUCGGCAACGUAUUGGACAACUGAAAUGAACAACUUUGUGCCUGUUACAAUGUACAAACCGUAUAUAUGUAUCGCAUCGCUUUCAGAAGCCAUUGUUUUCAAACAACAAAUUGUAGGUCUGGAAUUGCAUAAAGUGAAAUCCGGGCUUAAAACUCAUCUGGUAUCAGAUCUGUUGAAAGACGAUUACAAGUCAUUGAAGACAAUGAUAGUAUGUAUGAAUUCGAAAGAAGCUAAAGAGUUAAAAGCAAAUUUACUUCCAACAAAAGAAACUAUAUUGAUUCAUGAAGAAAUGAAGUUUUCUGAAAUACAAACCUUACAAGAGGAUUGGAAAGCAUGUGUAUGCGAUUUCUACCCAGUUUUGAUAUGUACUGACGCGGUUCUAUCUAAACUUAAUUUUACCGAUAUUCAGUGGUUGAUACAUUAUUCUGUGCCGUCAGAGACAAAAACUCCGUUUAGUUAUAGAUUGUCUGUGCUUUUGGAUAUCUUAUCACAGGAUAAAAUAAAGUGUAAGGUAACUAUAAUUAUUGACGAAAACAUCAUAAAACCAUUACCAAGCAUAAUACGUAUGAUGCAACAAAUGAAAGUGGCGAUACCUCCAGAACUCUCGAAAAAUACUGAACAAAUUCAGCUUAUAUUAGAAAGAGAUAAAAAGGACUACGCUAUGUGUGACCAAGUGAAAUCGUUUGGUUUUUGUGAGGAAUUUUCUUUGCGAAACACUUGCGAAUUCAGGCAUUGCGUGAUUCCCGAAAUUGACGUGCCAAUUGUUGACAUACAAAAAACCGAUAAGAUAAAAUUCAGAAUAACACAUACUCAUGACGUGACACAUUUUUCGGCGAGAAUACUUGAACAUAUUCCACACUCAAGCACAUCGAGAAAAAUAACGUUUUCUAAUGUGGAGUACAUGGAAAAUCGGUUAAAAAUUCAAAACUACUUUCACAAGGAUGAAAACAGGAAAAUGUGUAUCUCUACUAACGUGGGUGAUAUCUGCGUUUUGGAACACCCUAAGGAAAAGUUUAACCGAGUACAAAUUCGACGUAUCAGACGGGAUAGAAACGUUUCCAAACACGUCAACUUUGUGGACUUAAGAUGCGUGGAUACCGGUGUCAUAUAUGAACACAUCAACACACGUCAGUUACUACACAUUCCGGACGAAUUAAUGAAUCUUCCGAGCCAUAUUAUGGAAAUAUAUUUAGCUGGAGUGAAGCCAUGUGACGAGGAAUAUAUGUGGAAUUAUGACACCAACGAAUUCGUUCACAAGUGGCUUGUAGAAAAUUACGACGAAGGAUGUUACCUUACUGGAAAAGUGUGUCUUACUCUCGGGAAUACGAUUUGGUUGGAAGAUGUUCAAAUUGGAGUAAAAGUGAUCGGUCACGCAGACAUGAUGUUCUCCUUGAAAAAGAAGCUGAUCGAUGAAAACUGUACAGUUCGGAACGAAGAACACAUACCGAAUCUGAUCAAACUUUGCGAGAUCGCAGGAUUGACAGUCAAUUGACAUUCUUGAAUUGGAUUUCAUUUCUUGAAUUUACUUUACGCAAGUAAAGUAAUUUUUUACCAUAUAUAUAAUACUUCUAUAUUGCUAGUACGGUGCCGACCUGAAGCCCAAAUGUUAC